GGGCCAGAGCUCGAGCAGGGAAGAGGUGGCACGAGGAAUUCUUUUGGUUCGCUGAAAAGCACAAGCUUGGACGUUUGUGUAACGUCUGGAUUCUUUUGAGCGGGUUUAUUGUUGUUCAUUAUCAGUCUCUUCGGUCGGGGAGGUUUUCUCACGAUGAAGUGCUCUCUUGGACUUUUACUGCUGGUCUGUUGUGUGUCUCUUAGCUUCGGCAAUACGCAUUAUGGAAUGCGAUUCUCUGCAGGCUCGUCUCUUCAAUGCUACAGGUGUGAGGAUUACACUGGGGGCCAUUGCUCAAUACAGCAAGUUUGUUCUUAUGAGGACGCAUGUUUAUAUCUUCAUGAGAAAGGUGGGAAGACCAUUCGCCGGUGCAUUCGAUACACUGACUGUGAUAACUCUCGUCUGUCCCAGAAGUUCCCGUCGAUAUCCGAAUACACUUACAGAUGUUGCAACACUGACCUGUGUAACAGCGGGCCCGUGACUGCUGCAAGCACGUCGGUCUUAUCCCUGCUAGCGGCGCUCAGUGGCCUCUGGUCCUGCUGCAUCUCUGCAUGAUUUCACCCCGAAGUUUUUUCUGUUGCUAUCUAUAUAUUUACUAUGUACCAUUAUUUAGCGAUUGCUCGUUUUUUACUAACCACUUAUAAAUCGCAAAGUACUGUUUGUGGUAAAUUAUUUGUCUAAUACCAUUUUGUUUUUACUUUUUAUUUUGAAAACAUUUUAUUUUGGCUGAUAUUUUUAAAAAAUAAUAAUGCUGUAAAAUGUCUGACCUUUUCAUAUAUGACCUUUGUAUGUUGUACCUUUACAUGUUAUGAGUAAAAUAAUAAUUACAAAAAAAACUUGAUUUUCUGAUUUUCUACGUUCUAGACAUUUUUAAAGAAAUACUUAUGUUUUGUUGUUUAAGCGUUCCUCCUUACCAACUUAAAUGUUCAGUUUCAAACCGCCUGCAACAGUUCAAGUGUCCGUUCAGCACCGCGGACAGCUCCACUUCAACUAGCCAUUCUACAGCAGCACCUAAAGCGUUCACGCCAUGCCGUCAUUACUGUAAACAAAGCUCUGUAUGCUUUCCAACCGCUCUCGCUGUACUUUUAUGUCAUACACUGAUCGAUCAGCACAGCGUUACUUUAAAGGAGUAGUUCACUUUAAAAAAAAACUUUUACUGAUAAUUUACUCACUCUUUUCUUCAGUCGAAAAGAA